AGGCUUAUUAGAUUUUGAUAAACCUUACUUUCUCCCUAAUUUCUUUCUGCAUUCAUUUACUAAUUACACAGCUCAUUAUUUCUUUUCAGCCCAUGAGCCAAAAACCACUUGUAGAAGGGAGGUUCUACAAAAUGUCCUUAGAGGAAACCUGUCCAUUAAGGAAAGAGUCCCUGAGCAAGGGGGGUGUCUUCCUGUCAAUAUAGCAUUCAAAUUUAGCUUCUGCCACUGUAGGCAAUGUGGCAUUAAAAGAAGGCGCUUAAGUUAUUAAACUGAGCUGCUUUAAUCAUCCAGUUCGGGGAAAUCCAUUGCUACAGGAGACCUGAGGAUUAAUGUAUUUUUACCGCAAAGCCAAUACAUCUAUUCCGAUCAGUUAGCGGUCGCUCACUUGUGCAUAUGAAACUUCAUUCUCUGGGUUUGCACCCAAUAGUAUGGGACCAAAUGGAGUUUUAUUUGGAGAUUGACCCUGUUACCUUGAAUCUCAUCAUUCUGGUAGCUAGUUAUGUUAUUUUGCUUCUGGUUUUCCUGAUCUCCUGCGUGCUUUAUGACUGCAGGGGGAAGGAUCCCAGCAAGGAGUACGCUCCUGAGGUCCCUGCGGACACCCAGCCUCCGAUCCGGCUGGUGGUGAUGCAGCAGGGCUCCCCCGGCACCCGCUGGGCAAAGGGGCUCGUCUCUGCCUACGAAAACUCCUCCGACCUGCCGGGGAAAAGGACUACUGUUGUGUAAGGGGACCCUGCCUUGGAGCUCUCGUUUCUGCUGCUCACCUUGCCUCGUCUGCUAUGUUUACUCUCCGUUUGCAAAAGGAUAUCGCGUUCACAAGGUUCAUGAACCACCCAGCUCCAGCAAACAGCCGCUACAAACCCACUUGUUAUGAACAUGCUGCAAACUGUUACACACACGCACUCCUCAUUGUUCCCGCCAUCGUGGGCAGUGCCCUUCUCCACCGGCUCUCUGACGAUCGAUGGGAAAAGAUAACGGCGUGGAUGUACGGCAUGGGGCUCUGCGCGCUCUUCAUUGUCUCCACAGUAUUUCAUAUCGUUUCGUGGAAAAAGAGUCACCUAAGGACAAUGGAGCAUUGCUUUCACAUGUGUGACAGAAUGAUGAUCUAUGUCUUUAUUGCGGCAUCGUAUGCACCAUGGUUAAAUCUGCGUGAGCUGGGACCUCUGGCAUCUCACAUGCGUUGGUUCAUCUGGCUGAUGGCGGCUGGAGGAACCAUUUACGUGUUUCUCUACCACGAAAAGUAUAAGAUUGUUGAGCUCUUUUUCUAUUUAGCAAUGGGAUUUUCUCCUGCUCUAGUGGUGACAUCCAUGAGCAACACGGACGGACUUCAGGAGGUGGCCUGGGGCGGCCUGAUCUACUGUCUGGGGGUGGUUUUCUUCAAGAGCGACGGCGUCAUCCCCUUCGCCCACGCCAUCUGGCACCUCUUCGUGGCCACCGCGGCCGCCGUGCAUUACUACGCCAUCUGGAAGUACCUGUACAGGAGUCCUGCAGACAUAAUCCGUCACUUGUGAGAUAUAUAGUGAGAUAUAUAGAUAUAUAAAAGAUAAUCUGCACUUGGCCUCUGUAACAGUAUUAUUUGACUUAAGGAAUUCGAGGAAAUCGGAAAAUUGCACAAAAACAAACCCUGCACUGACUUUGGUAGUUCUCUGAACAUGGUUACUGUGAACUGAUGUGUGUGUCCGCAACUGCCCGUCGUAUGGCAAGUGCUGUAAAUAACCAAGAUACUGUACUGCAGUACCGAGAGUCCAUUCCAUGUUGGUAGAACUGGCGACCUGAUGUUUACAAACAAAUUUUGUAUUCUAGGUUAAUUUUACAAUUUUUAACUACGUGAAUUUUUCUAAAUUAGCGAUCCAAAUGGUAAAGUCAGUGCAAUAGUGAAAAUGUAACUCUUGGGUUGAAAUUGGUUUCUAUCACCUUUCCACUAGCCGUUUAUUAAACAUGAGUCGCAAAUAAUCUACUUUUACCACCCAUUAUCUUGGUGUAAUGUGACUUUUCUAUAAAACUUUGGUGUUUUUUGUAAACUUUGAGUACAUUUAUUGAACUGAAAACACGCAACUGUCAUCUAUGCAGUUACUCCUGUUGCAAAAUCUUGCAAGAAAUGGUUACAUUCCACAUACUGUACUGACAAGCAAACAUUGUACCUCUUCAAAGGUUGUAUUACAGUGUAAUUGUAAUAACCACUUUUACUGACUAAAAUCUAAAUGUGAUUCUGCUGAGUUUUAACGUGAUAGCAUUCUGCUCAUCUCUAGUACCACUUAAAACAGCACCUUGAUUUGUCUUUGAUUGGAAUGAAGUGCUUUAAAAUAAAUAGUUAACAUGAGUUUCUCUUCAAUAUUCCCAGUUUAGUUGGUGAAACAGCUGGAGAAGCUGAUUUAUCCCGGGUUGCAGGAUGAUGGGAGGUGGGCAGGAUGAUGGGAGGUGGGCAGGAUGAUGGGAGGUGGGCAGCCGGUACCCGCUACCCAAACCCAUCAGCCACUUCUCCAGGGUAUGUACGUGGAUAUCGGUGCUGUUAUAUUCCAGCUUGGAUUUCCAAAGGGAUUUAAAUCAGCCGACAGAACCAGUUCCCCCCAGCUCUCGCUGGGCCGGUUCUGUUGGGAAAUCCUGGUCAGGGCGAUUUCCGGCCGCGUUGGUCGCUGGUUCUUCCCGAGCGCAGCGUUCCAGGGAGCGUGAAGAACCUGUCGCUCUGGGUCCUGACACAGAGUGAAACUGGUCUUUAUUUUCUUGAUAAACCCAAACGUGGUAGCAAGUGGUGACUGUAGAACACGUGCGUUAAAUGACCAGAUGUAGAAGAGUCAUUGUAACACUGUUUGUCCAAUAAUUGUAAUUCUCCCACUAUAUAACGAAUGUCUUAUAUUAAGAUUAACUUUAUCCUUUUUCUAAUUUACUCAGUUUUUCAUGUCAGUAUUUAAAAACAAAACCGAAACGUGUUGCCUUUUUCAGAUUUUGUUCUGGAUAUUGCCUGUCUGCAGACAAUAAGUACCAAGAUAGGGAAGUUUUUCAAGGUACCGUUUAAUAUUGCACCUAGAUUUGGCAGCGGUUUGCGUAUUUUAGAAUAUAUACAUUAGUAUACAGAAUUUACAAGAGGGACAGACUUUAAAUUCAAGGUGUUGAGGAAGAAUUGCUGUGUGGUGUGAAGUGAUGGGAGAAAUGGCACCACUGCAGCAGUUGUGAACUGCCCCAAAGGGAACAGCUGGAUGGGUCGUUCUUUACAACAGUCUCACACAUCUGGAUGCCUCAGUUUUUUAACAUUGUGUCUAUUUUAAUAUGUUCCACUUUUUGUGAGUUCAUCUCUUUUGUUUCAAUGCAGUACUGUUAAAACCACUAAAAUACAUAGAAAAGGUUUUCUGUAGUCAAAAGUGAAACUAUUGCUUGACUAUGUUUGUUUUAAUUUUAAGUUAAUUUUUCAUGGCAUUGCUUUUUGGAGUGUUUGAAAUGGUUUUUAAAAAAUUUCAAUUCGCCAAAACUCUUUUGAAUUACUGUAUUCUAGUCGAUAUGAUAUUGAAUGUACUAGACCUAACAAUAAACAUUUUGUGCAAUUUGGAA